AUGACUGACCUUUUAGAUAUCCUCCCCCAUUUUCCCACUCAAAAAUAUGUACGACUACUUCCAUCACUCGAGAAGAAUCUCGUCACCGUCGCAGAUUUACUCACUCUAGAUUGUGUCGAGAUAGCCAAACGUGCGACUUUACCACUCUUGGAUGUUAAGAGGUUAUGCGCGGAUGUUUUAGUACAUUUAAGAGAAGAUCUUGGAAUAAAUGAGGUGGAAUCUGGGAUUGAGGGCGGUGGAGAGACUGGAAAUAACAUAAAUGGAAAGAGAACAGGGAAAACGUUGAGGAAAUCGGGAAAAGAUGUUGUGGAUAAGUGGGAGGUUAUAAGUACAUUGGAUGAUGAUAUGGAUCGCGCUUUAGGAGGUGGAAUUCCAACGGGUUAUAUUACGGAGAUCACAGGUGAGAGCGGCGCAGGCAAGACACAAUUUCUUCUGACCCUCCUCCUCUCUGCGCAACUCCCUGCGCCAUAUGGUCUAACAGCUCCGACCCUUUACAUAUCUACCGAAUCUUCCCUUCCAACGACCCGUCUCUCCCAAAUUCUACGAACUCAUCCACUUCUCGCUUCUCAUCCCUCUCCACCUUCUCUUGACAAAAUAAUCUCAAUUGUUACACCUGAUCUCGAAUCUCAAGAUCAUAUACUCCGGUUUCAAGUUCCUGUCGCUAUCAAACGUCAUGGAAUUCGAUUACUUAUACUCGAUAGUGUAGCUGCAAAUUACAGAGCUGAAUUUGAAAGACCUGGUAUGACUAAAGGAGGUGGAAAUAUGGCACAGAGAAGUGCUGAAUUAGUAAAAUUAGGACAAUUGUUGAGAGAUUUGGCAAGGGAAUUUGGAGUGGCUAUUGUAGUCGCUAAUCAAGUAGCUGAUCGAUUUACAGGUGGAGGUGGAAAAGCAAGUCCGUUGGUUUAUGGUCAGCGAAGGGAAAGGGAUAUGCGAAGUAGUCCACUUGCAAGAAGAAGCUUGGGCAUAAAUGGAAAUUUUUCAAUGCCAUCAAGCUCAAUUAAUGAACCAAUGUCAAGUAUACCCGGUAGUCCCAUAGGCGAUCGAACAACGUCUCAAAACCACCCAACCAUAACCCCAGACCCAAUGUCCCUAGACCAUCAACAAAGAUGGUUCACAGGCUGGGGCGAUGAUCCACAUCCCUCGUACACUUCAUCCAAAAAUAUCAAAACCCCCUCUCUAGGUUUAAUAUGGACAACUCAAAUAGCAUGUCGAAUAGCACUGAUUAAAAAACCCAUCUACGGACAAGCAAGAAAUCAAAUUGUGGAAGAAGGGGAAAGAGGUGAACUGGUCUUGAGGAAGUGGAGGAGAUGGAUGAAAAUUGUUUUUGCGGGUUGGGCGAGAGAAUGUGGUGAGGGUUUGGAUGGGUGUGUGGAGUUUGUGGUUAGGGGGGAGGGGUUAUUUGCUGUUAGGAGGGGAGAGAGGGAGGAAGAUGGAGAUGAGGGAGAGGGAGAGGGGGAGGGGGAGGGGAAGAUAGUGGUGUAG